GGUAACAAAUUUCUCUCGCACAUACAUACUUCUCAAACACUGGACUCUGCUCAAGUGAAAUCAGCUGACUGGAUAACGUGUGACUUUUAUACUUUACAUCGACAGGGGACCGUGCUGACUGCUUUUUUACUGUGUUUGGUUUGUCAGUAUGGCCAGUAGUCUGAACCAUAUCGUCUGUAUUCUAGCCCUGGUUUCUUUGACGCUUGCCAAGACAUGGACAUACCCGGAGGAUGCGGACAGAGCAAGGUAUCUGUUCAGAGCGUGGAAAGCGGAACACGGGAAAACGUAUCCCAGUAUUCCAGUGGAGAGCUAUAAAUUCGAGGUGUUCCUGAAUAAUCUCAAACGCAUCAACAGGCUGAAUGUCCUUCACAAGGGAAGUCCUGAGUUUGCAUUGAAUCACCUGGCGGACAUUUCUACAGCAGAGUUCAAGUCGACCAUCUUAAUGCCUAAACGUGUGGCGCCACAGUUUGAACGGGAAAGGUGAGAGCACACGAACACAUAUCCUACCGAAAGUGAUAUCUUAUUUUGUCUGUUAUCUUUACUUGCCGGAAACAGAGAUAUGAAAUUGUUAAAAGCGUUUACUGGAAGAACAAAAGAUACUAUUGUCAAACUGCAUAGAAGACAUCUUGCACAUUCCGGAAAUAGGAAUAGUUUGUCUAACCCAUUGUCUGAACUAUCAGACUAACCUGCAAUGUCUACAGAGGAAUUCUCAUGUGAAAAUCGGAUAUUCUCUUCGUGUCAUUUAAGACAAAUAUUAACAGAAGCUGAGAAUGACCUGCUGCAUCUCAGGCAAUAAUUAGGAUAUUUGGUUUUUACCUUUAAGUAUUUUGACUCAUUUCAGUGUUUAAAUUGGCAAACCUACGUUUUAUCUGUGUUUUAAGUUAUACCUGUUUGACCUCAAUGUAUUAGUUGGCUGUAAUCAGUAAAAACUUAAUUGUUUAUGUACUUAUAAUAUGUUUACUGCAUACCAAUAAAUAC